AUUAAAGAUGCUAUUUUAGACUCAUAGCUCUAUGACUACUUUUAAGACUAACUCGUUAGUGAUCGAUCAUCAGUCAUCAAUUGAUAGGGCCAUGUGAUUUUGUUUGAAAGCAACUUUUAAGUUUGUUACAAUCACUGUUUAUUUUCAUAGAUACAUCACUGUUUGUUAAACAUUACUGUUGAAGUUUUUAGAUAGUAUCCUCCGAAUGUAAUCAUUGGUUUUAUCUUUUUUCAAAAUGACUAUGGAUGAAAUAUCCUUAAAUAUCUGCACAGAGGCUCCAGUGACAUCUAAAAACAAGAAGACACCUCUUAAAAAUAGCGAUUAUUCUGAUGGUAUUGAAGAAACAAAUAAUGACAAAGUGCCUUCAAAUAAAAAAAACAAAAAGAAGGGUAAGAAAUCUUCAUUGUUUGAAGAUCAUUUGGACAUUCCUGCUUUAGAGUUAAAUGAUGAAUUUACACAAGUUGAAGAGUCACUUUUUUCAUUACGAGAAUUCAAAGAUUGCAGCAACAUACAUCCAUAUAUCAUUUCUGCUCUUGAACAAUUGUUUAGCAUUACUAAGAUGACUACUGUUCAGCAAUUAUCAAUUCCUCCCUUAUUGGCUGGUCAAGAUGCUCUUGUGAGGUCUCAGACUGGAAGUGGGAAAACCCUUGCUUAUGCUAUUCCGAUUUUACAUGCGUUGCAGAAUAUCAAACCAAAGAUUGACAGGACUAGUGGUGUCAGAGCUCUCAUUGUCCUUCCUACAAGAGAAUUGGCCCUUCAGACAUAUGAAUGGUUUCUGAAGCUUGUCAGGGCAUUUGCGAGAAUAGUUCCUGGAAUAUUAAUUGGUGGAGAGAAACGCAAAUCUGAAAAAGCCCGUCUUAGGAAAGGGAUCAACAUAUUAAUAGGUACUCCAGGGCGAUUGAUUGACCACGUAAAACAUACAGCUUCACUUAAUCUUUCCCAGGUGUCUUGGUUAGUUCUUGAUGAGGCUGACAAAUUACUGGAAAUGGGUUAUGAGAGAGAUGUCGGGAGCUUACUUGAAAGCUUGGAUAAUGUGGCUGAAGUGAAACGACAAACAGUGUUGUUGUCGGCAACCUUAACACCAGGAGUUGAAAGGUUGGCAGGCCUGGCCUUGGAUAGCCCAGCUCGUAUAGAUUCAUCAAAUGCUGAGGAGAAUGAUGAAGCUCUCGUUGUACCAAAUACACUUGAACAGAUUUAUAUAAUUGCCAAUGCCAAACUUCGUCUUGUUUCUCUCUCUUCGUUCCUUCUUCAUGUCUGUCAGGUGGAAGGUAGCAGUAAGGUCCUUGUGUUCAUGGCCACUCAAGACAUGGUCGACUACUUCACUGAGAUCCUGCCAAGGGUAAUGGAUCCUGAGGUUGAACUCUUUAAACUCCAUGGAAACAUGUCUCAUUCUGAUAGGACGGAAGUGUUCAAAUCUUUCAGAGCAGCAAAAUCGGGAGUUCUUUUCAGUACGGAUGUUGCUGCCAGAGGUCUUGAUAUGCCACUAGUCGACUGGAUUGUACAAUACAAUGCACCCAGGGAUCCAUCAGAAUAUGUUCACAGAGUUGGCCGAACAGCUAGAGCUGGGACGAAAGGACAUUCUGUUAUUUUCCUCUUGCCUUCAGAAACACAAUUUCUCCAAUGGCUGGCUAAUAAGAGGAUAAAAUUGAAGGAAGUGAGCAUAGAAAAAUAUCUUGGAUGCUUGAGCGAAAUAGAAGCUGCUAAUAAUAGUGAGAAAUACGGAGGUGGUUUAGAAGGGGCUAUAACUGCUCUUCAACAUACUUUUGAAAAUACCAUCCAAGAUGAUGAUAAUCUACAUGACUUAGCCCGCAAAGCUUACACAUCAUGGGUAAGAUUCUACAUGAGUUACCCAAAAGAAGCGCGGACAGUGUUCGACUUUAAAAUGCUUCAUCUAGGUCACCAUGCUAAAAGUUUUGCCCUUACUGAUGCACCUACAGCUAUUGGUGGACGUGGCAAAAAUAAAAAUGGGAAAAAGGGCAGCGGAAAGAAGAAAUCGAAAGAUGGUGAGAGAAAGAAGUCGAAGCCGUUGAAACUGGAUAGCCAGGAAUCGAGGACGAAAAGGCUGAUGUUUUCGGAAUACGAUUCUGGGCUGCCUCCUAUCAAGAAGCAGAAGACUUGAUCCCGUUCAUUACUGGUUGGCUUUGCUGUCAACGAGAGUGGUUCGCUUUUAUUAUCUGUACAUAUAAUUAAUAAAAACAUAUGAUUUAUUUUUACCUA